UAUAUAGGUAAGUCUUCACUGUCGGCUGUGUCAAGUCUGUGACAGGUAACUUAAGAUAAAUUAGUAUGUACUACUUCCUUUCUCAACAAAUUUUCAGCGUUUAAAUGGCACUUCCUCGUGUACAAAGUAAUGACAGUAUUUGUGACGGUGGGGUACCCAGUAGGAAGGGUAGUGACAACCUGCUGGACACAGCAGAUGACCUUGUAGAUAGACUAGAUGGACUAGCUGACAUCCUAGCAGAAAUUGAAGAUACGUUCCAAAAGGAUGACGAAGAUGAUAAUGAUUCCAAAAGGCCAAAUAUUUUCAGACGUCUGAAAGAUGGUUUAGAUUCAGCAAGAUCAUUAAUUGCAUGUCUGAAACGUGAAAAAUGGAGAGUAAAUCGCCGAAAGAUGAGUGUUGACAUGAGAAUGGGAGAGCUUGAGGACUAUAAAAUGCACCUUAAACAGGACAUGACAUCUUUGAACACGACAGUGGAUGAUUUAGCACUACGUUUGAUGCAAUCAGAGAAUGACAACUGUGAUGCACAGGAAACUCUGGAAGAAUUGGAAAUGGCCAAAGCAGAAGUUGAAGACGAGUUGGUGGAAGCAAACAAACGAAUAAAAAAACUUAGCGAAGAUAAAGAUGAUCUCGUGACAGAAAUUCAGUCUUUAAGGAGGUUACGAAGUGAUUCUGCAGUCAGGAGAGAAAACGCAGAAUUGCGUUCAGAAAUAGAAGUUUUACAUGAAGAAAGACACCACUUAAAAGCCAUUAUUAGGGAAAUGGAAGAUUGCAAAACAGAAAAUAACAGUCAAGACGGUGGAUCGGACAUAUUAACAGUAACAGACGUCAACCUGAACGCUCUUAAACUUAAUACGAAAUCAAAGGAUGUAAAUUAUAAUCCUAACAAUAGGAAGAAAGUUGAUGGGAGUAUACAUUUUGUUUGAUUGUUGUUAAUUGAAUGUUAUGGAAAUCUGAGACUAUUCUAGUUAUGUGUUAUAAUAGUCUCAGUGGAAAUACAAGCAAAAUGACAAAUGAUGAUGUAACAUUUCCAAAUUCACAGGAUUUUUUUCUACUUUGAUUUAUAUAAUAUGGAGAAAGGAUAUUCAGUAAAAGCGACCAACAAUAGACAGGUGACAGUAAAGUUUUAUUAACAAAACGAACGGUUAUCUGCUAAACGCUUUUGUAUAUAUCAAAAGGAUACUUUGACUACGCAUUAUUGUUUGAAAAAAAUGUUUUAUUCCUAAUAUAUGAAUUUUUUUUAAAAUAUCUUCGACUGUUAAAGUUUGUUACGAAUUGAUAAAGGGUAAACUGGAACCUUUAUACUAUAUUAGUAUAUUACUCCCAUACUACAAGUUGUUGAAAUGCUAAAGAAAUUACUAUUUUAUAAAAUUAUAUGUAAUAAUUUCAAAGUGUUAGUAUUAGUUAAUAAGUAUAACAUUUUAACUUUUGAAAUUAGUAUUGCCUACUGUGAAACAAUUUAGAGUCAACUAUUUAGCGCUAUGUUAAUUGGAGCCGAGGUAAAGGACUGUGGUACAGCUUUAACACAUUAGGAAAGAACAAUAUGGGUAGAUAACAAAAAAAAUGUCAUUGUAUUGUUCAUGACAUGGAGUAUCGCCCGAACUGUUAUUAUUCUUCAAUAUUUAAUGUAAAUGCACGCACGUUUUUAAGUCAAAAUAAAGUUUAUGAUAUA